UACAGCAAUCUCAACGACCCCAUCCCUCCCCCCACAAGAACUGCGACGGCGGAUGGCGGCGGGGAAGACGUCGUGGAGGUGAGCCCUCCGCCGUUCAAAAUCCGCAAGCUGGGCGCUCCGGGUACGAGUUCAAUUGUCGCUGAGGAUCAGAGUGAGGCCAUGGCUGCCAGAGAAGGCAAGAUUGGCGAGCGGAUGGAUCCGGAUGGGGCCAUUGAGUCGAUGGCUGCCAGAGGCGGGCAUGUGGAUACAGAGAUGACCCAAUUCAAGUGCGGCGAGGUUGCGGAUGAUGAGCUUCACAAGGACGAGAUGAACGGAGGCAAAUCAAAUCAGCAGAUCAAGAACAAGAUGACCCUGGAGGAGAUGGACCUAGGCAAAUCAAACUCCAUCAUCUCCGAGCAGGAGAUCAAGGAGCUCUGUACGCAGAUGGACGAGAUGGUCGCUUUUAUGAAUUACAGGAUCAUACCAUCAGCCCCACUCAUCUGCAGCAGCACCAAGGAGACGAAAGAUGAAGACAAGGCGCCGCAGUCGGGGAUCGACGGCAUCUUACAGCGGCUAGCUGAUGUGCGGCACGACAUGUCCAAGCUCAAAUCGGAACUGGCCCCUUUCUGGCACGAAUACCCAUAUGAGAAGAAGUCGGAGCUGACUCCGGAGGAGGAGAGGGAGAAGAGGAUCAAGUCCUGGCAGGAGUAUCAGAAGCUGGACAACAAGGAGAAGGCCAGCAAGGAGAUGGAGUUCGACGUGAGCGACUUCGAGGGCUACUGUCAAGGCAUGACAGCUUUAGUUGAACACUUCAAAUACACAACCUUAGUGAGCCCCAUGCACUUUACACACUACACGCCGAGACAGAUCCCACACCAUCUUGCUUCCAACAAGAUCACCUUGCAGAUCUUCUCCUUCAAAAUUGCCAACAUUGAUUUGUACCUGCAAUGGCCACUCCUGGAAUGGCCACUCAAAGUGUACGGCCUCAUCGCUGCACGAGACAGUGUGGAUCACAGACGCAAUUAUCUCUUCUUACGGGAAAGGGACAAUUUCCAAGAGAUCACCCAAGAAAUUCUUCAGAAAUCAGAAAUGUCGAUGCAGAUCAAAGGGAAGAAGACAAGGUGGUUACCACAAAUUGCAUCUGGACACUUGGAUGCAGAGCUGAAUGAGACUGUGAGGCAGCAAGCUGUUGCGGGAUUGUAUGGCUCACUUAUAUUACCUCAGGACAUCUAG